ACCAAUUAAUAUUGUCCGUCAGAUUGUUUUUUCUUCCUAUUUAAUGUGUGUUUGUAGAUCUGGGGAAGCCCAGUUUCGAGAUAGAAGAGAGAAAAAAUUAGUUUCGAGUGCGGCGAUUCUAUCUGUUUAAGAGCUUGAAGAUGCCUCGCUACGAUGAUCGAUACGGCAGCAAUGAUCGACACAGCAGCACACGUCUCUAUGUUGGCCACCUGUCCUCUCGAACAAGGGAACGAGAUCUUGAACGGCUCUUCAGCAAAUACGGAAGAAUUCGAGAUUUGGACAUGAAGCGAGACUAUGCCUUCAUUGAUUUCAGCGAUCCUCGAGAUGCUGAUGAUGCGAGGUACAGGUUGGACGGAAGAGACUUUGAUGGAAGCCGUAUCAUUGUGGAGUUUGCGAAAGGGACACCUCGUGGUUCCCGAGAAAUUUCCUCAAGCAGAGGCCCUCCUCCAGGAACUGGCGUGGCGAAAGUUACUCAAGAUCUCCGGUUCGCUCUCGGUCUCGGUCUCGGUCUCCUCGUCGCAGAAGAAGAAGCCCUAGCAGAAGCAGAAGCAGAAGCUACAGCCGUGGCCUCGCUCGAGAUCACCGGCUAUGAAGGAAAAGGAUCGGAGUCCUGAAGCUGCAAGAAGCAGAAGCCCUGAACCAAUGGUGGACAACUCUCCUCUAUCCAAAGAUGGGAAGCGCAGCCUGAGUCCUGAAGAAGGCAGCCCCGUGCGUGACAAGUACAGCCCCAAAGAGAAUGUACUGAGCCCGAGAGGAAACGGUGAUGACGACAUUGGAACCAACGGUCAAGAACGAAGUCCUAGUCCCAGAGAAGACCGUAGCCCUAGAGGCGGACACAGCCCAAGAGAAGACCGUAGCCCUGUGGAGGAUGGUGACCAGUGAAGAGUGGGAAGACAAGUGUUGGUGAUUGCUUAAGCGCUUUUAUAAGACUUGUAGUGGUUUUGUUUUAGACAACUGGAACGGAUUUUGUUCUUCCUGAGUGUCUGGAGGCUUGGCUUUUCUAUUUCGACUGUUUGUUUAUCUUAUUAUAAAAAAAAGAAAUUUAAGAAAAUAAAACAACUUUCCGUUUGUUUUCUGUCCAACGAGAGUGAAACUGCUUAAUUAUCUGAUUCUGGGCUCAGAGGCUCUUUUGCG